AUGAUUGUGAAAGGUUUGGUUCGCGUUGAUGACAUUGAUUUUUCGGUGUGCCAUAUGGACAUGCUGACUGAAAUAUCAACGCUUAGAGGAAUCAUGAGGAAGAAGUUUCCCCAAAAAAGGGAAGGGGCUUUCAGUGAUGAUAUCGUUGGAGUUAUCAAACGUUUUCUUACCAGUAUCCUUUAUGAUGUAAUACAAGACGUGCAGCAUCCAAAUUAUGGCAUGUGUAAAUCGAUUGUUGGCACAAUUAACGAAGAGGCAGUGGAGCAGGUGGAGAAGUUCAAGUACCUCGGAACUAUAUUUACUAGUGAUGGUACGGAGAGUGAUGGAAAGUUGGAGGAAGAGAUGGAAAGGCGAAUUGGAGUAGCCAGUGCCGUUCUGCGUGAACUCGCCCGACCCAUUGUGACUAAAGCAGAGCUUAUUCUGAAAAGUAAGCUCUCGAUGUUCAAGUCGAUCUUUAUCCCCAUACUUAUCUACGGUCAUGAAUCGUGGAGAAUCACUGAAAAAAUUCGAACCCGAGUACAAGCUGCUGAAAUGGGCUUUCUUAGUCGAGUCGGUGGCCUAACGCGUCUCGACAUGGUCCGGAAUACUAACAUCCGGGAGAGCCUUGGGGUAAAGCCUAUGCUUUUCGGGAUUGAGAAGUCACAGCUGCGAUUGUUUGGGCAUGUGCUGCGAAUGCCUCGAGAAAGAAAGGCGAAUCUACUGUUUCUUGCGAAACCGAAGGCGGGCGUGGGGACGGCGAAGAUUAGCGUGGUGCAAAUAUAUGGAAGGAGUCCUUUUAUAAUACGGCCUCUUCUGAUGGUCAUGCCAAUAAAAGAACACUUUCUGAUCGAUAUUGGCGACUACGUACCGCAGAAUGAACCGAAGGUUAUUCAGAAAAACGAAGAGAUGUCUGGUGCCUAA